CUAAGCUAAAUGGAGAUUGUGUUGUUGGCGUAAAGCGUUUAUCGCUGAGCGGUGACCCAGCAACAAAUGUUGGUCUCUUUCCGGACCAAUAAUAGAGGCGGCCAUAUCCCCACUCUCAUGUGGGUGUCUUUCACUAUAGGAAACUUUAAAAACUACAAUCUGAUCGCUAAAAUGAACGGUAUCGCUAAAAUACUGUGUGGGGCUUACUAUCAUGACUGAAAUUCAAGAUUCUAAAUUUGAAAAGUUUUUCAGUCGGUUGCCAGAGAAAUCCCAUGCUUGUGUAAGAUUUUUUUUUAGGAAUGACUAUUACUCUGUUUACGGCAAAGAUGCUAUUUUUAUAGCUCAAAAAUUCUACCAUACUAUGGCUGUAGUUAAAUAUUUGGAAAGAAGUAUUAGUAGUUUUGAUGAAAAAAAUUAUAGUAAAGAAGAUGACGCGUUUGUGAACCUUAGUUUCCUCAUGUUUGAAUCCACACUUCGGGAGUUACUGCUUUCUUUUCAGUAUAGAGUUGAAGUCUACGGGCGAGAUAAAAAUUAUAACUGGAAAUUGUUGAAAAAAGGUUCUCCUGGAAAUUUACAAGCAUUUGAAGAUGACUUGGCACGAAACUCAGAAAUAUCUACGUCUCCCAUUGUUUUAUCUCUAAACUUAACAGUAAUUAACAAUCAGAAGUGCAUAGGAGCUGCCUUUUCUGACACUUCUUCUGGAAAGUUGGCCGUUUGUGAAUUUACCGAUAACGAUCACUUUAGUAAUCUCGAGGCUCUUCAUGUCCAAAUUAAUGCUAAAGAAUGUCUUUUGUACUCUGAAGAUUCUAAUCCCGAUAAACAUAAAUUAAUUAAAAUUCUUCAACGCUCCGGCCUAAUGAUUACUUUUAGGAAAAAAGAAGAAUUCAGUAACAAAAAUAUUGUGCAAGAUUUGAAUCGUUUAUUGAAACUAAAUGCCUCCUCUGCAACUUUGCCGGAAACUCAACUAAAAAGUGCAAUGUGUUCCCUUGCAGCUGUUAUAAAUUAUUUGGAGCUUUUGUCUGACGAUUCAAACUUUUACCAGUUUGAACUUUCAACAUUCGAUUUAAAUCUUUAUAUGAGGCUCGACACUGCCGCCAGCAAGGCAUUAAAUUUAACUCCUUCUCCUUUAAGCGGCUCUAAUAAGUCAAUGAGUUUGACUGGCCUGCUGGACCGAUGCAAAACAGGCCAAGGCAGACGCUUAUUGGAAAGGCUCGUAAAGCAACCAUUGUUGGAUGUGGCAAAAAUAGAAGAAAGGCAAAACUUGGUGGAGUUAUUUGUCGAAGAUACCAUUCUUCGACAAACUAUGCAGGAAGAGCAUUUGAAAAAAGUUCCGGACUUAUACAGAAUUGCGAGAAGGUUUCUAAGAAAACAGGCCUCCUUGCUUGAUUGUCUUCGCCUAAAAGAAGUCGUUGCACGUCUUCCAGCGCUUCUCGAAGUCUUGAAUUCUUGCGCGUCUCCUAACAAGUUUGUUCUUGACGAAGUUUUUAGUUCUCCUUUAAAAGAGUUGAAAGUCGACUUUGAAAAGUUUGUUGAGUUAAUAGAAACGACUUUGGAGUAUGAUGAAGGUGAGCACGAAGUUUAUAUAAAGCCCUCUUACGACGAGGAUUUGUGGGCCAUUCGGACUUCAAUGGAAGAUAUAAAGACGCAAAUAUCGAAACAACUUCAAAAUGUCGCCAGUGAAUUGGGAUUAAUCCCCGACAAAACCCUUAAGCUGGAACAUGCAGCUCAUUUGGGCUUCUUUUUUCGCGUGACUUUAAAAGACGAAAAAGUGCUGCGCGCCCAAAAAUAUAAGUUCCAUACUUUGGAGACACAGAAAAACGGCGUUCGGUUCACCAACAACGUCGUGUCUACUUUGAAUGAGAAUUAUAAAGCUUUGAAGUCCAACUACGACGAGAAGCAGUCCGUGUUGGCUCAGGAAGUUAUUAAAGUAGCAGGAGGUUAUUGCGAGCCAAUGAUUUCUUUAAACGAAGUAAUUGCUUAUUUAGACGUUCUUUUAAGUUUUGCCGAUGCUUCUGUUAAUGCACCAAUCCCUCACGUACGUCCAAAGAUUCUUCCUAUUGGUUCUGGUAUUAUCACCCUCGAGGGUUCACGUCACCCGUGCCUGGAAGUGCAAGACGACGUCCAGUUUAUUCCCAAUGACUUAUUUUUAUCCAAAAACGAUACGUGCUUUGUUAUUAUUACUGGCCCGAAUAUGGGAGGAAAGUCAACGUACAUUCGGCAGGUCGGUGUUAUUGUGCUGAUGGCGCAACUUGGCUGCUUUGUUCCGUGCACACGUGCUGUUAUUACAGUUAUUGAUUGUAUACAUGCACGUGUUGGGGCAGGAGACAACCAAUUACGGGGUGUGUCAACGUUAAUGGCCGAAUUAUUGGAAACUGCUUCAAUACUUAAAUCCGCUACAGAAAAUUCUUUGCUCAUCAUAGACGAAUUAGGUCGGGGGACUUCCACUUACGACGGUUUCGGAUUGGCUUGGGCAAUUUCAGAAUACAUCCUGAAAGAUUUGAACUCCUUUUGUCUCUUUGCCACUCAUUUUCAUGAGCUGACUGCUAUAAGCAAUGAUUAUCCUCGUGCCAGCAACUUCCACGUGACCGCUCUAACAACAGACAACAAGCUUACACUUUUGUAUCGCGUCAAGCCAGGUUCUUGCGAUCAAAGUUUCGGAAUCCACGUGGCUGAACUUGCCAACUUUCCUCCUGAUGUGCUUCAAAUGGCCAAGCGGAAAGCCGCCGAACUUGAAGAAUUUUCCUCGCUAAACAAUGAGAAUGGUCAAGAGCAAUUGGAGGGAGAGAAGCUUAUUGAUGACUUUUUGAAAGAAGUGAUCGAGAGGCGGAUUAUGGAAAUGAACGAAAACGAAGCAAUAACUUCCCUUAACGAAAUGAAGCGGAAUUUGUUAUUGAAAAAUAAUAUUUAUGUAAACAGUAUUAUAAAUUCCGUUCAAAAUAAAUAAUAAU